CUCCGAUCGUCAGCUAGCAGCAAGCUUUUAGGCAGUCAAUCCCCCACCACGACACGUUUGUUCCUCCGACGAGCUGUCAACAGACCACACGCUCCGUCUGACAGACAUAGGCUGCCGACUACAAAACUUAAUUUGAGUCUCAACGGUCCUCGACGGAUUGUCCUUCUUUGAAACGAGAUCAAAUCGUCUCAUUAUGACUCUGAGGUGAUCCUUAAAGUGUCCAGGUGGAUCUGGGGUCCAGGUUUGUGCCGUGAGAGAGCUCUUCUUGUCUGAAGGCUAUCCUGGGCCAUCGCGUCCCAGGUGUGCAGGUAAGCAGCUGUGGUUUGGGCUGGACUCUGCUUCACCAUGGAGGACUUGAAGAUCGUCAACAAGGGACUGGAGGACGAGAUGGAGAUCGGCGGGUACCGUCUGUGCCGCUGGAAGCUGGCUCUGGUGGGGGUGGGGGUGGUGUGCACCGGCGGCUUCCUGCUGCUGCUGCUCUACUGGAUGCCUGAGUGGUGCGUCAAGGCCACCUGCACCCGCACCACCGUCAAGGAGGCAGAGAUGGUGCUACUCCAGUCCACAGACGAGUUCAAACGCUGGUUCCUGGCUAAGGUGCGCGUGAUGCUGGCCCCUGGCAGGAAUGCGUUUGACAACCUGGACUCUCAGACCACCUCGACUUCCGUGGCCAACGGCCACACCCCCCACGACCCCCAAAGCCCUGCCCAGGAGUUCAUCCACAACAAGUAUGCAGAGUACCAGCCUGUGCAGAUCCGCUACUUCACACUCCACAGCACAAAGUACUACUGGAGUGACGCGUCCCAGAAUUUUGAAGUGUUCACUGGCCUGGAGGAUCUGGAGGUGACCUGCUCCACCGUCCACUCGAAGCACAGCGCAGGGCUCUCAAGGAACCAGCAGGAGUAUAGGAGAUUAUUUUUUGGAGUGAAUGAAAUUGCAGUGAAAGUGCCUUCUGUUUUCAAGCUGCUAAUUAAGGAGGUCCUCAACCCCUUCUACAUCUUCCAGCUCUUCAGCGUAAUCCUCUGGAGUGCGGACGAGUACUACUACUACGCCGCGGCCAUCGUCUUUAUGUCUGUCAUAUCGAUAGCUACCUCCCUGUACACCAUCAAAAAGCAAUACGUCAUGCUUCAUGACAUGGUGGCAGCUCACAGUAUUGUCCGAGUUUCCGUCAUCAGAGCCAAUAAUGACAUCGAGGAGGCCAUGUCCACUGACCUCGUCCCGGGUGAUGUCAUGGUGAUCCCCAGCAACGGGACCAUCAUGCCUUGCGACGCCGUGCUGAUCAGUGGAACCUGCAUCGUCAAUGAGAGCAUGCUCACAGGUGAGAGCGUGCCCGUCACCAAGACCAACCUGCCCAACCCGCGCCAGGGGGAGAAGGGGGCCGAGGGCGACGGCCUCUACUGCACGGAGGAGCACAAGAGGCACACUCUCUUCUGCGGCACCAAUGUCAUCCAGACCCGCUUCUACUCAGGGGAGCUGGUCAAAGCCGUGGUGGUCCGCACUGGCUUCAGCACAGCCAAAGGGCAGCUGGUGCGCUCCAUCCUCUACCCCAAGCCCACGGACUUCAAGCUGUACCGCGACGCCUCCCUCUUCCUGCUCUGCCUGGUGGCCGUGGCCGGCGUCGGCUUCAUCUACUCCAUCGUCCUCAGCAUCAUGAACCAGGUGCCGGCUAAGACCAUCAUCAUCGAGUCUCUGGACAUCAUCACCAUCACGGUGCCGCCUGCCCUCCCGGCGGCCAUGACGGCGGGCAUCGUCUACGCCCAGCGCCGCCUCAAGCAGAUCGGCAUCUUCUGCAUCAGCCCGCAGCGCAUCAACAUCUGCGGCCAGCUCAACCUGGUCUGCUUCGACAAGACGGGCACCCUCACGGAGGAUGGCCUGGACCUGUGGGGAGUCCAGAGAGUGGAGAACAAAAGCUUCCUGCUGUCGGAGGAAAACCCCUACAAGGAGAGCCUGGUGAAGUCCCCGUUUGUGGCGUGCAUGGCCGCCUGCCACUCCCUCACCAAGAUCGAGGGCCAGAUCUCUGGGGACCCGCUGGACCUCAAGAUGUUUGAGGCCACUGGCUGGAUCCUGGAGGAGGCCACAGAGGAGGAGACGGCGCUCCAUAACCGCAUCAUGCCCACUGUGGUGCGGCCGCCCAAGCAGCUCCUCCCGGAACCCAUCAUGUCACCUGAUCAGGAUAUGGAGCUGUAUGAGUUGUCGCAGACUGGCUACGAGAUCGGGAUCGUGCGGCAGUUCCCCUUCUCCUCGGCGCUGCAGCGGAUGUGCGUGGUGACGCGGACGCUCGGGGAGAAGCGCAUGGACGCCUUCCUCAAGGGCGCCCCCGAGGUGGUGGCCAGCCUCUGCAAGAAGGACUCAGUGCCCGAGGAUUUUGCGGAGGUACUGGAGGAUUACACAAAACAGGGCUUCCGGGUCAUUGCCCUGGCACACCGACGCCUGGAGUCCAAGCUGACCUGGCACAAAGUCCAGAACGUGAACCGGGAUCAUAUCGAGGCCAACAUGGAGUUCCUCGGCCUGAUCAUCAUGCAAAACAAAUUGAAGCCAGAGACCCCUGGUGUGCUAGAGGACCUCCGACGAGCCCACAUCCGCACCGUCAUGGUCACAGGUGACAACAUGCUGACGGCCAUAUCUGUAGCACGGGACUGCGGGAUGAUCCCGCCCGAGGACCGGGUCAUCAUCGCCGACGCACUGCCCCCCAAGGACGGCCAGGCGGCCAAGAUCAACUGGCGCUACGCGGACAACUCCACCAAGCACUCCACCAAGGCUCCACGGCUGGAGGAAGUGGAGAUCAGCCUGGAGGACGUGACCCAGGGCGACGAACUCAAACCGCAGGAGAGCUACCACUUUGCCAUGAGCGGCAAGGCCUUCGCCGUCAUCACCGAGCACUUCCAGGACCUGCUGCCCAAGCUGGUGCUCCACGGCACCGUGUUUGCCCGGAUGGCGCCGGAUCAGAAGACGCAGCUAGUGGAGGCACUGCAGAGCGUGGACUAUUUUGUGGGAAUGUGUGGUGAUGGUGCAAACGACUGUGGUGCGCUGAAGAGAGCCCACGGGGGCAUCUCUCUGUCGGAGCUGGAGGCGUCCGUGGCCUCCCCCUUCACCUCUCGAACACCCAACAUCUCCUGCGUGCCCAACCUCAUCAGGGAAGGCCGGGCCGCCCUCAUCACGUCCUUCUGUGUGUUCAAGUUCAUGGCCCUCUACAGCAUCAUCCAGUACAUCAGCGUCACGCUGCUCUACUCUAUCCUCAGCAAUCUGGGAGACUUUCAGUUCCUCUUCAUCGACAUCGCCAUCAUCCUCAUCAUCGUCUUCACCAUGAGUCUGAACCCGUCAUGGAAGGAGCUGGUCCCGCGGCGGCCCCCGUCCGGCCUGAUCUCGGGGCCGCUGCUCUUCUCCGUGCUCACCCAGAUCCUCAUCUGCCUGGGCUUCCAAACGCUCGCCUUCCUCUGGGUCAGCCAGCAGAGCUGGUACAGCAAGUGGACGCCCUCGUCUGAUGCCUGCAACCUGACCUCCUCCAGCAACAUCUCUGUCGAGCACAAUGACACAGAGCUGGACGACCACAACAUUAAGAACUACGAGAACACUACCCUCUUCUACAUCUCCUCGUUCCAGUACCUCAUCGUGGCCAUUGUCUUCUCCAAGGGGAAGCCCUUCCGACAGCCAAGCUAUAAGAACUGGCCUUUCGUGCUGUCGGCGUGCGGCCUGUAUGCCUUCCUGCUCUUCCUCCUGUUCUACCGCAACAGUGCCAUCGACGACUUUUUGGAGAUUGUGUGUGUUCCUAUGGAAUGGCGCCUGAACAUACUGUUUAUCAUCUUCCUCAAUGCUGUUGUCUCUAUCAUUGUGGAGACCCUCGUCCUUGACGUCGUCUUAUGGAAGCUUGUGUUCAGCCGAGACAAGCAGGGCAGCUACGCCGCCAGCCCUGCCGCCCCGACACCACAGGGCAGCGUUGAUAUGUGGGGCAGCCGGUGUGUGUCGUGGCUGACCUGCCGGAGGAGGAAGGUGCCCAAAGCGCGUUAUAUGCACCUGGCCCAGGAGCUCCGCGUGGACCCCGACUGGCCCCCCAAGCCCAAAACCACCACGGAGGCCAAGCCCCCGCCUCGGCCCGAGAACGGCUCGUACCAGAUCAUCCCCGCAUCCUAGCACCCCCCCGCCCCCAUAUUCUACUCUUCCUCCCCCCCAAAACUCCCCAAGACUACUAGUGCCCCCCACCUGUUGCCCAUGCUUAAAUUGGGACCAGAACAGCAGACGUGUGUUGAAAACGGUCAACAUUAUAAAAGAUGCCCUAGACGCAAACAGUGACUGAAAAAAAACAACCCAGGUUUGGGAAAAGAAACACACGGACAAACAACAAUGACCAGAACUGAAAGAGUUAUACUGUACCUCCUACUCCGACACCUGCAGCUGUGGCCAUGGACACAACUAUGGCUGUGUGCUUUUUCCUUGUGUUUUGUCUCUGCUCAGACUCGACCCCCCCCCCUCGUGCUGAGUGGUGGCCCCAGGCUGGGAACUGUGGGUCAGCCACACAGAGAGUCUGGAAACACUGGGGAGCCUGCUACUGUGUUAUCCAACUUCAAUGGUAUGGCUUUGAAACCCAAUGUAUUUUUAUUUUAUUUUUUUUCCUUUUUUUACAAUGCUGAGAUCCUGUGCAACGCACAACUGUUUUCUCUCUCUCUUUUUUUUUUUGGUUAUCAAAAAUUGAAAGAAAAAAUAAGAACGACAAACAGGCAGUCUGUGCUUUUGCAGUGCACUUUCCUUUUCUUACACGACGACACCCCUUGCCCACCUCUCUCCAGCAGCCAGCCAUCCUCACCGUGGAGUAGAGAGGUCUCCAGGCGUUCUGAUGCAAUUGUAAACCGGUUGUUUAAAUUAGGCUGUUUAUAUACAGGCUGCAUGCCAAAGGUUUGCGUUCACAAGCAACUACUCAUGCAUGUGAAAUCAUGAAACUCCCGUAAGUUAUUAACAGAAAAAAACCUUGAUGGAUCUGCAAGCCAGUCAUUUUUAUUACACCUAUAUAUUUAUCAUUUUUUCUUUUUUCUUUCAUUUCUUCCCAUGGAAGAAUUUAGUAUGAUGAUGCAGAUUAAAAGGCCAGGCAUUGUGAAAAAAAAAAAAAAGUCCCUUCGCUGUGCGCACUUUCUCUGUCAAACAAACACAUGGACUGGGUUUGCUACUGACGAGGUGGACACAUUUGUUAGAGCUGGACUCUUCAGAAUGAGAAUCAAACUCACCGCCGGCAGCACCAAUCAGAGGUCUGGGGCUGCCCUCCCAAUUAGAGCACAUUGUUCCAUACAGGCGAAGGAGGCCUGAGAGGGGACCGGGAAGAGGCUUCGGUUUGAGGUGUUAUUGCGGCCCUUCCUGCAAGAGUGCUGUUUGUGUGUGUGUCUCUCUCUCUCUCUCUCUCUCUCUCUCUUUCUCUCUCUCGCCGGCAUUUCAUGCCGUGUAUGCGUCGCAGGCGAGGCGAGGAAUUUUGGCCAGCAGUGUUCGAUGUCUGUUAAAAGCCACACGUCUGUCCUGUAUGUAAUUGAUUUUUUUUUAUUUCGUUAUUUUUUAUUUCUUUUUGGUUGAAUUGUUUUGUUUUCCUCUCUUUUUAAAUGGUAACAUAUCAUGCCAGAAUCCAGUGUGUGUCCACUUAGGGAAAGCAUCAGCUUAAAUACAGCACAUGUCCAUGUGUGGUAUUUUUUUAAAAAAAGGUCUUUUUAUAUAUAUAUAGUAUACGUCGCGUCUUGUUCAAAAAUUGACAUCAAAAAUUUAAGCAGCAGUGUAUGUGUCCUGAGCCUUUUUCACUCUGCACAAGUGGCCCCUCUGUCUCGCUGUAUUCUCCAAAUCAUCUCAUCUUUGGUCCUCCGACUACAAGCACCUCUUUACUAUCCUGCAGUGGGGCUUCCUGAGCAAUUUAUUUGUCUAUUCACAUGAAAGUCAGUAUAGGAGAACCCAACUGAACAUCUUAUUUUACAGUCAAGUAUUGUAGACUGGUGUGUGCGAGUCCAUACAGUAGGUGCUGUUGUUGUAAUGGCAGCAAUACGCGAUACGGAUGAACGGUAGAUGUCGGCACUGGUUUUAGUCAGGUGCGAACAAGGAAGAGUUUUUUUCCUCAGACAUGUAUUCAUGGUUGGUAUUUCAAGAAAAGUCAAUACAUUUUAUGAUGAGUAAUGUAAUCAUGGACCUAUAAUGUGUUGCAGUUUGACCAUGUGAUUUAAUGAUGGUGAAAAUAUGAUUUUCCCAAAAUAAAGAUUGUUUAGAAGACUUGUUCAGCAGAAAAUUCCAGUCAUCUUAAUCUCAUUUGAUUUCACAUAGUCUCCAACUCAUAACGGACCUAUUCCAAUUUGUCUCCAGUUAGUCUAUUGAGGAUCAGAGAGGCAACUUUUUCAAACUUGUUUGAACUGGUCUGCUAUGAUUCUUCCUAUUUUGAGUUGUGAGAUAUGCUUUCAGCAUUACAAUAUCGAUUUAUACGGAUUCCAAAGUGUUCAAUUAAAAUGCUGGAAAUAUCAAAUUUACCGAAAGAAUGUCCCACCAUUACUCCAAAAUGUGUUGGAAUAUUUGAGUGUGUCCAAAUAUGUGGACUGACAAAACUUUAACUUCGGCUGUAUAUUUGUUUGAGAUGUACAUUUAUUCAUGUAUUUAAAUUAAGCUUUUUGAAAUGGAAUUGUUUAGGUGUGUUAGACAAUUCUAGUUUUUUCCUUUAAUAUCAGAGUAAGGGCUUUUUUUAUGUUCUUUUGUUCUUUGGGUUUUUUUGGUACUGUUUGGUCAUAGAUUGUCCAGAUCAGAUGUCUGUAUAUUUUUGUGCUGUUGGGAUGAUGAUGUAAAUGUCUUGUCACGUGUGGAAAGAGGGCUGGUGUGCGUUUUGAUCUCUUGUUGUUCUCAGUGUACAUCUACUGGGCAUUUCCCCCCCGUCUCCCUUUUUCUUUUUUUGUCAGCGAGGUUUAUAAAAUAACAUUUGGCUCUUUAACUGAUCUUUUUAAAAGGUCAACGUCUACCUAUUUAAGUCAUCACCACAAUGCCGUGCCCAUUUUUAUUUAAAACAUGAAAUAAGGGAUUCCACUGUAAACGGGAGCGAUUCAUUCACGUCAGACACCUAAAUUAGAUGGAGAGUUCUACAAUCUGUUAUUGGAUGUGUUUCUUUUUCUCAUGGUCUUUGUUAUAUGAUUCUGUCUUUGUUUGCCUUUUCCUCUAUCUUUCUAACAGUGGUUAGACCCCACUACAAAUGUACUCUUGGGUGAAAACUGUUUUCUUAAUUGUUGCUGCAGAUUUUUUAUUUAUAUACUGUUGAACACCUUAUCUUGUGGAAGUGCUUUGUGUCAAUAUCUCUUCCUACUUGUGCCCGUAUACGGGACCAUGUGGUUGCUAGGGGGGCUUUAUACAGUCUGUCGUCAUACAAGAAGCCGGGCACCUUACUCACAGUCUUUAAUCAAAUGUAAUUAGCAAAUCUGGAAGCAGACACCAAAAUCAAAUAAUUUUAUCUUUAAGAUGUCCCAUACCCUUAAUCACAGCUGUAAUCUAACAUGCUAUACUCCAUACUCCAUAGAAAGGUACAUAGGAAACAAACUGAAGACAAAUAUGUUGUAUGUGUAUCAUUUUUACUGUGUGUUCUAACUACACAUCAAGAGGCAUUUUGUGUCUGUCUAAAGAACAGUUCAGCCACUAGGACUUACAAACCUUGAGUGGUUUUACAUCCUCAGGGAAAUGUACAUGUAUUUGUAAUAAAUGAUUGAUUAAAUGAAAAAUGGAGCCGAAUUAAAGGACAAUGACCAUAAAACAGAACAACAGGGCCUUUGUGUCUGUGCUUUUAUUUUGUUUUCUUUAUGUUAGUGUCCAGACUCCUUUUCACUCCUACAGCCAAAAUGGAUUUUUUCCCCCUUUUUGGGGUGGUGGUUUGUUUCUCUCUUUAAAGAUGGAACACAUGUUUUUCUAAAUCAUGUUUUGCAGAUAUGUAAAUUGCUUUUCUAUGUCUAAUUUAUUUUUAAUUUAUUUUUUAUUUGUAUCUGUUUUCCAAUGAUUCAAGUUCUCAGAGCUAUCCAAGUUAUUUUUGAUUUCUCUUGCCCCCUUAUUCUUUGCAAUAAAAUCAUCAAGAGUC